AUGCAGAGCAUAGGCCAUGACCUUCGCCGAGGUCUCAACAACUUUUCCUCAGGGAACUACAAACACAUCAACAAGUGGCUGGCAGAACUCAAGAACAUCGACUCGUCCCUAAAGACCCUCGACAAGGAGAUUUCAACAAGCGCCAAACUCAUCUCGGCAUGGGGUUGCAACGAAGGAGACGACUUGACUGACAUCUGUCAACGAAUGACUCAACUCAUGGAGAACCGCAAAAAGAAGCACGACUUGACCAACCAGAUUGCCAAACAACAGAAAUCAAGCAAGGAGAACCCCAUCAAGAUGAUGGAGCUGCAAAACAAUCUGGACCGCGUCUCAGCAGAACUGCUGGAACAGGAACUGGAUCUGCUGCAGUUCAAGCGGCAGACGAUUCGGGACGCUUUCAACUGCCAGUUCGACUCGAUGAUUGAGUACUCGGAAAAGAUGGCUCUCAUUGCCGGAUAUGGGCGCCAAAUUACCAACGUGAUUGAUUGCGGUCCCCAGCCCGCAGAACGGACAAGCCUCUACUGUGGGGCAGAAUACACCGCAGCAGCGAUCAACCAGGUCAAGAUUGCAGUGACCAGCUGGCAGGCCCAGCCCGUCGGCAAUCCUAUCCGACCCCACAUUGCGCCAGCAGAGGAGGAAUUAGCACUCUCAGCCGCCGCUAUUGCCUACAACAACCGGACACCUCCCAUGAACGGCCACCGACAGUCAAACGGACAAGGAUUCGUUAACGGCGCCCCUGAGAGCCCUGGCAACUGGGAAGAGGUUAGGAUGAUCAACUUAGGCGCCAGUCAGAUCAGCCUAGACGAGAGCCACGGCGCAGCAGAGCAGGACCAUUGGAAGAAGGAGAUUCUUGGCUCAGGAGGACAGGAGGAACAAUACUACCCACCGACCGACCCGACACCAGAAGCAUCGCCCUAUAUCACAUCGCUACAGAUCAACCAGCUACAGGAACAACAACGACAUUUACAAAUGGAACAACAACGAGUCUAUCAGAACAACCAGUCCAUGUAUUCGCCCUCUCCGUCACCUUCGCCCACCAACCAGCAGUCCUACCAUCACACAGCGGCCUCUGUCGCGGCCAGUCUUCGCAAACCUAGUAUCGACAACUAUGGUAACGGAGGUAUGGCAGGAGGUAUGGCAGGAGCACCAGGAGCCGGAAUCAGCAACGGACGACCGUUCACACCAACGAUGCUGCGACGAAACGAAACCUCGGAAUUUGGAUCAUCGGGCAGUGCCAGUCCAGGACCCAGUCAUAACGGAGGAUACGGCCAAAACCGACAAUCAUCGUACGAGGACAAUGCGUCACCCGCACGAGGAGGGCAACGGUGGGGAUUCACGGACCCACGCGAACGGAGUCGGAUGGACAACUCGGACCUUUACAAGACAGAGAUCACCACCUCGUCACGCUAUUCCAAGACCCCCGUCAUCAUGGAUGAAAAAUAG